GUAUCAACCUUGUCUCCCUUCUCCACCUCCAUAACACUUGUGCAAAUUAAGCAUUUCUCCUAGCUUUCUCAUGAUUUUCCUGUACUUGCCUUAAUCACCCACAUACUUAAUGUUUAUUUUCUCUGCAAAUUAAUCCAUUUAAUUUCCUUUUGGGAGGGAAAAGUUCUACUUUUACCCGGAAAAGUUUAAUUUCCAACCUUUCUCCGAAUUGUGAGUUUUUCCUUUUGGUAAACAAAGAGCCCUACAGGGUUUCGACUAAAAGCAUGUCAGAGGGAACCAAUGAUGUUAAUAUCGACGUCUCAGAUCAGUCGAAUGGAUCUCCAGGAAUAACUAAGGUUGAUGAAAAGCACGAAAUGAUGGAAAAUACGUUGAUCUUUAUUGAAUCAACUGCUUUUGUCUGCAUUACGGGGCUCUUAAUCGCUACCUUGAUUGUGGAUAGAUUGCGGGAUACCAGGAUUUGGGAUUUUGAGAUGUGGAAAUGGUGUUGCUUAAUAUUGGCUGUUCUGUGUGGUAGACUUCUAGGGUACCUGUUCACGGAGGCUCAAGUUAAGUUGAUUUGGAAGAUCUGUUCACGGAGGCCCUGGAUUGAGAGAGCAAUUUACUUCGCGUAUGGAGUAAAGAAGAGCAUCAUUGUUUUUAUAUGGCUGGGUUUGGUUUUCCUAGCUUGGGCUCUUCUGUUUGACAGUGGGGUUAAGCGAAGCAAGGAAGUAAGAAAGAUUCUAAAUGAUGUUACUAGAGGUCUUGCUGGUUGUCUCAUUGGUAUUGCUAUAUGGUUAGUGAAAACAUUGUUAGUCAAGCUUGUAGCUUCUUUCCAUGUGAAGACUUUAUUUGAAAGGAUUAAGGAAGCAAACUGCAAUCGUAAGAUCCUUGAAGCUGUUUCAAAUAAAAAAAAGGACUCCGAAGAAGACACAAGCGAGUUGUUAAAUGCGAUUCGGGUUAAAAAGCUGCCACGUCUCUGCUGUGGUGAGAAUGGACGAAUCAAAAUGGAAGAUGAGGAAGGAGCCAAAAAAGCUGCUAAUGAGAUUUUCAAGGAACUCGUAGUUCCUAAUGAUCAAAAGUAUAUGGACUUGAAUAUCCUAUUGGACCUCGUGAAACAUAAAGAAGAAUGUCCCGAUUGUCAAGUGGCAAAGGAAACGUGUGAACAUUUCCGAGCGGUAGCAGAAGAUAAAACGGGCAGAAAUGAACAGAACAAUCAAUCUGACUUCAGGAACUGGGUUACUCAAAGGUUAAAUGGUGAUCGAGAAGCUGUAGCAGGAGAUAAAAAGAUAAAGAAAUCAGUCUUUAGAAAUUGGGUGGUUAAGGUUUACAAGGACUAUGAAUCUGUGAACAGCGCCUUGAAAUACAGAAAAACAGCAGUUGACGAGUUGAACAAGCUUGCUUCUGUCGUGGUGCUUUUCGUAAUCAUUAUUGUGUGGUUACUUUUCAUGGAAUUUUUAACCACCAAAAUAGUUGUCUUCAUGACUUCUCAACUUUUACUGGUGGUUUUCAUGUUCGGUAACACUGUCAAGACUGUAUUUGAAGCCAUCAUAUUUGUGUUUGUGAUGCACCCAUUUGAUGUUGGCGAUCGCUGUCUUAUUGAUGGCAUACAGAUGACUGUUGAUGAGAUGGAAAUAUUAACUACAACCUUUUUGAGAUUUGAUAAUGCAAGAAUAUACUAUCCGAAUUCAGUUUUAUCUACCAAAUCUAUCUGCAACUUCUACAGAAGCCCGCCAAUGAUGGAUUCAGUGGAAUUUGCUAUUGAUCUUCAUACUAGAGAUGAAAAAAUUACAAAGCUGCAAAAUAUAAUAAAAAAGUACUUGGAGAGCAAUCCUAGACGCUGGCGAUCGGACCACAGCUUGCAAUUCAAGGAGAUAGAGGAUAUGAAUAAAAUGAAAGUGAUUCUCUAUUUUAGUCACACCAUAAACUUUCAUGAUGCUGCAAAGAGAGGCAAACGAAGAUCUGAGCUAGUGUUGCAUAUGAGGAUAAUUUUUGAAGUUCUUGGGAUUGAAUAUCAUCUCUUGCCUCAACAGGUUCACCUUAAGCAGUUAAUAUAAUGGGUCUAUGGCCUCUGCACUUCCACCUCCUUAAUGAUAAUUCAUUAAUGGACUUACUUCGUUUGAAAUAAGUUCACCUUCCCUUCUAUCCCUUCCAAUGUUAGAAGCCUUCAGUUCUUCUUUGAUUAUGUACUUCCUUUU